AUGUUUCUCCAGUAUUGUCUCAAUGAGCAGGGAGACCAAGUCUAUACUCUGAAGAAGCUUGACCCUAUGGGACAACAGAACUGCUCCGUGCAUCCUGCUCGGUUCUCCCCGGAUGACAAAUACUCUGGACACCGAAUCAAUCUCAAGAAAUGCUUCAAGGUGCUCAUGACCCAGCAACCACGCCCUGUCCUCUGA